AGUGACGGAUGAUUUUCAGUGACGUCUUUUACCAGGCCCUUACAAAUUGCAGACGAGCUGUUUCUGAAACGACACCAAGCAACUAGCCCAGACGCCCCAUAUAUUGUUUCGAGCAAAGCGCCACUCUGUAGGUCGUAAAUUGAAAGCCCCAUCUGUAUCUUUCUCUUGAGAAAAGACCCACUCGAAGCUGCGGACCCCGCGCCUCUUUUCCAAAGCCCUUCCCGCUGAGGCCGGGCGUGGAGGUCCGCAGAUAAUCAUGGCCGAACAGCAGUUCGAGGACAUGGAGGCCUUUUUGCGUGUGGCCAAGUACACGCUGGUCAAGUUCACAGACAUGCACGUUGAGAUGAAGGAGGAGGCCAUGGACAUCUGUAUCACCGCAGUGGAGAAGUAUCCGAACGACGCAGAAAAGUGCACACAAAUGAUCAAGGACCAGAUGGACAAAAAGUUCGGGGCGCCAUGGCACGUGGUUGUGGGGAAGGGCUUCUCCUACGAAAUCACCUACGAGGUUCGAAACUUGCUAUACAUCUACGUAGGCGGGCGGACAGCAGUGCUGCUCUGGAAGAUGUGAAAGCAAAGCAGACAGGCUGUGGUAUGAGCGAUAGGAGGGGGCAUCUCGAGGACGUUGCGGCGACUUCGUGUCGCCUACUAUGAAGGCGUCAGAGCGUCCGUGCGACGGAGUCAAGGACGUUACACUGAUGGCUGGGAAUCACGGAAAGCGUGGUACAUGGCGACUGUUACUGGGGUGCCACAUUGUAUGAGGAGGGUAGGAAAUCCGAAAAGUUGCCGGUGGCCUCUGGUUGUAAGGGUGAGCCGGGUACCCUGCCAAGCCAAAUUUGGCUGCGUGCGCGGGGGUUUGAAGCUGCCUGGGGCGGGUCGCCGCGGCAGUCCAGAUGCCUGCGCCGAGGGAUGGCAGAUGCCUGCGCGACCCCGCGCCAUCAGCACGGAUGCCUGCGCGAGGCAUUGCAGAUGCCGCGGCGCCCCUGCUAGCACAUCCGAGCUGCCUAUUGUAGCCACCCUAGUUGCUUGGUAAAAUGCCGCAAGAGGGUCUGGAAUGGGUAACGGGCAGUGUGUGUGUGGGGUAUGCCAGCACUCCGGCACUCAUACACAGCCACACUGCUCAGCCGAGAAGUCAAGGGCUUGGACCAUGCUGGCCUAUACUGAAUGCGUGCUGAUAUUAAAGCAACCACAACACCUUUAUAGAUACUUCGAGCUGCAGAACUCUGCUGAAGUUGCGACAUUAAUGGUCAAGGCUUCCUUCUUUUGGGGCUUGUGGUGCCACAAGAAGGCUACAUGUAAAGCAGUAGCAAGUGUAAAAACUACUGGGCAAGCAGGGAAACAAAAGGCUCUCUGCGAACCACUGGUUCGCGGGGCGUGACAGCCAAGUCGGCGCCGCAGCCAGCUUUCCUAGGGAAUACAGCUUGUCACCCAGAUAGCAGAUAUCAUGAAAUAAAUCACAGCAGGCUCCACGGCUUAAACCCAGCUUUAGCGGCCCCAGACCGUGUUUCCAUGUCCGAACCCACAGUCUCCGUCUAGUUGUCACAGUGAAUAAAUCGCGCUUGGCAUCUCUGCGUGUAGAGUAUUCUUUAAGAAGCAGGCCGGAUUGAGCUGCGUGCUUGCCAUGGGCACUGUGGCACACUGGCACCAGCACCAGCACCCACGUGGGUACGGGCAUACUGUGCUUACUGACAUUCCCGCAAUCUAAACUCGGCACGCUACGUUUCCGGGGUGGGAAACCACGCCAGUCAAGCUGCGGGGGCACGGCAGCUAAGGUGCCUGGGCGGACCGCCUCCGCCAUCCAAGAUGCCUGGGCACGGCAGCUAAGAUGCCUGGGCAGACCAUCCCCGCCAGUCGAGAUGCGUAGACAUGGCACCCCAAGAUGCGUGCGCAGGGCUACCCCAGCACCCUCAGAUGCGCGUGCGCGGGGGUCAGGUUGCCUCUGGAACUUAGCUGCCAGACCAGACCCACCCCGCCAGAUGCCUGCGCUAGGCAAUUUUCCCACCCUCCGUUGUAUGUUGCCGCUGCUAUCCUCCAUGUGUUAGGCAACACGUUGGGGGGCCUGUACGGGGAGCUGCAUAGGAAAUAGAUGCUUAUCAGGCCGCGUGUGCUUGCGGACUCUCAGGUCUGGUCAGUUGUGAGAUACAUGCGUAAAUUUCGUACAGGACCGGGGCGGGCAGCACCCAUGGCGCAGGAACCACAGUUUAUGGGGUUGCUGAGGUAUGCGUAGCAGUCCCAUAAUGGGGAUUGUAAGCUUUUGCAUGU